CUUUGGCCGUGCCGUGCCGUCACUGCGAACGCUCGUAGCUCAGCCAUGACGAGUCGGGGCAGGGGCAGACCGCCAGCAUGGGACAGUGUCCUCGGGUACCGCAACAAGGCUCUGUUGGCGCCUGUCCAGCACUGGGAGCGGCAAUGGGUCUCCCCCGCAGGAUGUACGACUGCCUACAAGGUCCUCAAGUGGGUCAUGGUCGCCUCUGCCGACACGGAGCAAGAGGAGGCCAAGCUGGCCGAUGCGGCGACGGUGGCAGAGCAUGCAGAGACGGAAGCAGUCGCCAAGCGGAAAGUAGAAGCCGAGAGGGCAGAGGCAGAAGCGAGAGAGGCCGCCGCACCGAACAUGUCGCUGCUCUCGACCAUCCAGCCCCCCAAGGAGAACGGACUGCCUGCUUCGACAGGCGCAGGCAACCAGCCUAGCGUUGCCCCGACGGCGGAGGGCACCCCACUCGUAGACGUCGCCGCUGCUGCUGCUGCUGCUGCUGCUGCUCUUACUCCAAGCGGCACAGCUACGCCCACACUCUCAGACGCAACAGAUCCAUCGCAACGUACCAUUGGCGUAGUGGAGACUGCCGCGCAACUCAGGCAUCCGCUCGCACAGGCCCUCGUGGUCUCUGAAGAUCAGACAGCCGAUGUCACUGCAGCAGAGGCAAUGCCCGUCGAGGCCGAUGUGCCGAUGACAGAAGCGACAGGUGACGCUUUUCCGGCUCAUCUGCACACUGCGGUCAAGCCGGCAGAGCUGCCGCCACAAUGAACGGUCUCCUCGGUAUAUGUUGUAGCAUCUUGCACGGGCUUGGUACAACAGAAACACCCCACAGACCGGCUCCACGUCGAGUCAGAUAUCCAUACCCAUGUCAUAAGGCGUCAUAUUGCCCUGCAUACCAAUCGGGCCGCAUUUGAGUGACUUGGCCAUCGACUUUUGAUGCAGACUGUCUAGCUCGCUCGACCAGCUAUGCAGCGCUCCAUAUCGGCGAGCAUCGACGGCAGCCCUCUUGUCAAGCGUGAGACGCUGAGUGACCUGAUCGAU